AUGCUCAUUUUUCGCGCCGCACCGAGUGUGCCAGUGGUGCACUUGGCUAGUAGGCUCGCUGCCAGUGCACGUCUUCGGAGAGACCCAGGUCGCCCCUACUCAGAACUGAGCGUCGGAGUCCCGCUCGAGACUUAUCCGAACGAGCGGAGAGUGGCGGCAACGCCUCAAAACGUGACCGCGCUCAUCAAGAAAGGGUUCAAGCAGGUACUUGUCGAGAAGAAUGCCGGUGCGGAGGCGCAAUUCCUCGAUGAGCAGUACAAGGCUGCAGGAGCAACUCUGGUGGACAAGCAGCAGGUCUUUGCGGCCUCAGACAUCCUGCUGAAAGUCAGACCGCCAGCGUCGCAGGAAACGGGUUUGGUCAAAGAAGGCAGCACGGUCAUCUCCUUCCUAUACCCUAAUCAGAACCAGGAGAUCGUAGACGGCCUGGCGAGUCGUAAGGCUAAUGCUUUCGCCAUGGAAAUGAUACCCCGAAUAUCCCGUGCGCAGGUUUUUGAUGCUUUGAGCUCCAUGGCGAAUAUCGCUGGCUACAAGGCAGUUUUAGAGGCUGCGAAUCACUUCGGGCGGUUUUUGACCGGUCAGAUCCCACCGUGUAAGGUCCUUGUCAUCGGCGCUGGUGUCGCCGGGUUGAGUGCCAUUGCUACCGCGAGACGGAUGGGUGCUAUCGUGCGCGGGUUUGACACGCGGUCGGCCGCUCGGGAACAGGUUCAAUCACUCGGUGCCGAAUUUAUUGAAGUGUCCAUUGAAGAGUCCGGUGAUGGGGCUGGGGGCUAUGCAAAGGAAAUGUCCAAGGAGUUCAUCGAGGCCGAGAUGGCGCUCUUCAUGGAACAGUGUAAAGACCCUGCUCCGAAGCUCAUCACGAAGGAGAUGGUGGCCGCUAUGAAACAAGGCUCUGUGAUCGUCGACCUGGCCGCUGAGACCGGCGGAAACUGCGCGGUGACGAAGCCUGGCGAGCUGUACGUGCACGAUGGUGUCACUAUCAUCGGAUACACCGAUCUGCCGUCGCGGCUUCCAACCCAGUCGUCUACACUCUACUCCAACAAUAUCACCAAGUUCCUGUUAUCAGUCGGUACAGAAGGACGUUUCGCUGUCGACUUAGAGGACGAGGUUGUACGCGGCGCAAUGGUCUUGCAAAACGGUACUCGUCUGCCACCUGCUCCCCGCCCGCUCCCUCCUCCUGUGACGGCGCCUUCACCCGCGCAGGCCGCAGAGGUCGCUGAGACGAAGGCUAUCACGCCAUGGCAGAAGGCUCGAAACGAGGUUGCCACUGUCACCGCCGGCAUGGGUACCGCCAUUGCGCUCGGCAAGCUGGCAGGCCCGACAUUCAUGGAUAACUUCUUCACCUUCGGGUUGGCGGGUCUCAUCGGCUACCGAGUUGUAUGGGGUGUGGCACCUGCGCUGCAUUCACCUCUCAUGUCCGUCACGAACGCUAUCUCAGGCAUGGUCGGCAUCGGCGGCCUGUUCGUCAUGGGCGGUGGUUAUCUGCCUGGAACCGUCCCACAAGUACUGGGCGCCGUAUCCGUCUUACUGGCCAGCGUGAACGUUGCCGGAGGAUUCGUCAUCACCAAGCGGAUGUUGGAUAUGUUCAAACGUCCAACGGAUCCUCCAGAGUAUACCUGGCUGUACGGCAUUCCGGCUGUACUCUUCACGGGAGGUUUCCUGACCGCGGCAAGCACCGGAAUGGCUGGUCUCAUUCAAGCAGGCUACUUAACCAGCAGUGUCCUAUGUAUCAGUUCAUUAUCCGGCCUCGGGUCUCAAGCCACCGCUCGUCAAGGCAACCUGCUCGGCAUGCUUGGAGUUAGCUCCGGUAUUAUAGCGUCCCUAGCUGCGGUUGGCUUCCCUGCGGAAACUCUGGCUCAGUUCGUUGGAGUCUCUGCAUUGGGAGGCCUUGUUGGUACCGUUAUUGGGCGGCGCAUCACUGCCAUUGAACUGCCGCAGAUGGUUGCAGCACUACACUCCGUGGUCGGUCUCGCGGCCGUACUGACCAGCAUCGCGAGUGUACUGGCGGACGUUGGCCAUGCAUCAACCUUGCACCUCGUGACUGCUUACUUGGGCGUUCUCAUCGGUGGUGUAACCUUCACGGGUUCUAUUGUGGCGUUCCUCAAACUUUCUGGAAAGAUGUCCUCAAGGUCAUUGGCACUUCCCGGUCGGCAUAUUAUCAACAGCUCGCUGUUGGCGACGAAUGUCGCGACUAUGGGCGCAUUCAUCAUGACAGCGCCUACCGUCCCCCUCGUGGCCGCCGGGUACCUCGGUGCCAACGCGUUGCUCAGCUUCAUUAAGGGCUUCACCACUACAGCUGCGAUAGGAGGUGCUGAUAUGCCUGUUGUCAUUACCGUGCUCAACGCCUACUCUGGGUUUGCCCUAGUAGCGGAAGGCUUCAUGUUGGACAAUUCGCUGCUAACAACCGUCGGUGCACUGAUCGGCGUCAGCGGUUCGAUCCUGUCAUACAUCAUGUGCGUCGCUAUGAACAGAACCUUGACCAAUGUACUCUUCGGCGGCAUCGGGUCAUCCGCAGCACAGUCGGAUUACAAGAUUGAAGGCACGAUAUCUAAGACGUCUGUUGACGAAACGGUCGAUGCCCUCGCAAACGCUGAGAAUGUCAUCCUGGUCGUAGGAUAUGGCAUGGCCGUCGCCAAGGCACAACAUGCGAUUGCGGACGUUGUGUCGAUGCUGAGGGCGAAAGACAUCAACGUGCGGUUUGCUAUCCAUCCAGUAGCAGGACGCAUGCCCGGGCAGUGCAAUGUCCUGUUGGCAGAAGCCUCCGUACCAUAUGACAUUGUCCUGGAGAUGGAUGAAAUCAACGACGACUUCGGCGACACGGACGUGACACUCGUAAUCGGUGCGAACGACACGGUGAACCCGAUUGCACUGGAGCCCGGCUCGCCCAUCGCGGGCAUGCCCGUCCUGCAUGCGUGGAAGAGCAAGCAAGUCAUCGUCAUGAAGCGUGGAAUGGCCAGUGGCUAUGCCGACGUGCCCAACCCGAUGUUCUACAUGCCGGGGACGAAGAUGCUGUUCGGCGACGCGAAGGAUACGUGUGAAGCCAUCAAGAAGGGCCUCGAGGGCAAGUACGCGAGCUGA